AUGUAUGUGGACCUUUCGCUGAAUAGCAAUGUAAGGAAGCAUUUCUUCACUAACCACCAAUGUAAGGGGACACCUCCCAUCCUGACCACAGUAAGUGGACCCUUCACAGGGGGCAUUUCUCCACUGACCACCAAUUUAGGGGACUCCAUCUUCACUGACCACCAAUGUAAGAGGACACCUCCCAUCCUGACCACAGUAAGUGGACCCUUCAAAGGAGGCAUUUCUCCACUGACCACCAAUGUUAUGUGGACUCCAUCCUCACUGACCACCAAAACUAGGAACAUUAUCAGCAAGCACAGGAUACCUGUUGAUCUUGCUAGAAAUUACGUGUCCUUGUUACUUCUAGUGGCCUCAAAAGAAAGCAAUGAAAAUCGUAUCUUCGUCGAUCAUGUUGUGCAAACUAUCAAUCUCAUCGAUGUGAUGGAGAUCAGCGAAGGCAGACAACAAGCCAGUGCCCCUCACGCGUUUCACCGCCUGGGCUUUGUAUUGUUUGUGCGGUGCCGAUCACUUGUUCGGAUGGGAGCCAUUGUUGCAGCGAUAUUCCUGUAUCUGGUGAUGUCUGGAUCCUGCUAUCUGCAUUCUCCUGUACGCAAUGACCAGGAACGCAAUGAAGAAAGAGUCAGAAGGCAACUAGCAACUAGCGGGAGCACGUAUGAGUACGUGUUUUACACGGACAUCCUUAUGGAGGGUUACGGAAGCAGUGCUGCUGAAAGUCGUUUAAGGAACACAUCACUAUUACCGUACACAUUGCCCAUCAAUUCCUCGAUCAGUGUCACUGUGGUGCAGAUAGAAAUCACUACAGAAUGUAACGUUACCGAUACAGGGAAGAUGUGUACCUGCAGCCCUGGAUACAGCUGGAACAUCACCGUGUGUUACACCUACCCUCCUUGCAGCAACUCCUCCAACUUCUGCUCCUGUCUGUUCAUACAAGAUGACAUCAUUCCAUUUUUUGACCUUAAAGGAUCACUCACCAUGAAUGAAACCUUUACAGCAGAUCUUCUGGAUACAACCUCACCAAAGUACCAAGCCAUGCAGUCCAAUAUAACUCUGGCUCUUCUAAAUGCUUAUGCGAAGAAUUGCAAUCCUUUGUCUGUGGCAGUGCACGGAUUCAGUCCAGGAAGUGUGAUAGCCAAUUACAAGAUGUCGCUGUCGGGUCUGGUUACUGCCACACAACUGAAAGCUACCAAUACUCUGGUUGCUCAAUCUCUCUCCAGUGUCAUAUCAUCACAACUAUCAACAGCAGGAGUGGUUACUAUUCAACCCACAUACUUGGAAGUGAAAUUUGAAGACCCCAUCCAGCUGCUCUGCCAUAUAAAUGGAACCAUGACAUUUGUGAACUGGACCCUCACCACCGCUAAUGUUACCAACAUGGUGUUUGGUGCCGGAGGAAAUGUGCAUGUGUCGACUCAGCAACUGUCCGGCUCAACUGUCUCCGUCCUUACAAUCGCCAAGGCCAAUCAGUGGUGGAAAGGGACCUAUGCCUGCCAGUUCUCCAAUGAUAGCCUGGUGCACGAGGCCAUGGCAGUAGUCAAUGUCAGCUUCCUUCCAAUUGAGAUCACCAUCAACCCACUACAGAAGAGCCUCACUGCCCAGGACAGAUCUCGGCUACAAUUGGAGUGUUGUGUGCCCUAUGACGACGAGAACUAUAAUGUCACCUGGACAUAUGACAACGUAGCACUGGCUGCAUUACCUGUUUGGGGGACGUUUUCCAGGUGUUACACGUUGGUUCCUCCUCGCCCUACUAACGACACUAACUACACCUGCACCUUCAUAAACAAGGCUGGCCAGCAGAAAUCAAAUUCAAUUUCUGUGACUGUGAUACAAGCGGCAGAUCUAUAUUGCAGCGUCAAUGUGAGCGGCGGUGUUAUCUGGAACGUGACGAGAGCAGGGAUGUCUGCAUCAGCAGUCUGUCCUCUGGGAAAAUCAGGAUUCGUAACCCGGGACUGCUCGACAGACGGAGUGUGGCUCAGUGUGCAAGAUAACUGUAUCAGCGAGCAAAUACAGGCUGCACUAAACAGUGUUCAGGCCCUGGAGCAAGGUCUUGGAAAUGCUCAGGUUAAAGUUCCAGAUAUUAUCCAACAGAUGUCCAAUAGCAGUGGGACGUUUGUUAGUAAUGAGGCAGAGGUGUCAGCUGUAGUGAACAUCCUGGGAUCCAUCUCCAACAUAGCAGCCUCCCAGAACAGCACAUUCGACACAAGAGUUGUAACGAAGUUCCUCACGCUUGCCAGCAACCUCACAGAUCCCGGCUGUUCCUCAUUGUGGAGGAGCUCGAAAAGUCCACCAGCUUCCAAAGUCCUGCAGUCUGUGGAAACCUUCAGCCAGCUCCUGAAAACAGAAAAUGAAAGCUUUGAGAUUGACCUUGAAAAUAUCCACUUGAAGGGCAGUUUUUUUGAGCAAGGAAGAGUGGGCGAAGACUAUGCAAAGACUUUUGCCCUUCAUCUUGGGGUGAGCAUGUCAAUAGAUAAGCAGACAAUAUCAUCGCUCCUUAAACAACAGGACUUCAAGAUCACUAGCGUGGUCUUCAGCACCAUUGGAAACCUCUUACCGAGUAUGUUUGGUAAGAGCAAUGAUUCACAGCUAAACAGCAUUGUGCAGACUACCUCUAUAAAGCUGUCAGAUUCAAGCUAUGUUUCGUCCAAUAUCCAAAUGUCCUUCAUAGUAAAUACAUCUGAAGCAAGGUAUUCUCAGCACUGUGUGUUCUGGGACUUCUCUCUACCAGGUAUUGGUGGGUCUUGGUCAGAUGCUGGAUGUACAUCAAGGGUUGACACUAAUACCACCUUCUGCAGUUGCAGCCACUUAACCUCUUUUGCUGUAUUAAUGUCAAUCAAUGUGGAACCUUUGAUGCUAAUUGAGGAAAUUACUUAUGCUGGUCUUGGGGUUUCCAUACUCUCCCUUUGCAUCUGUAUCUUCAUUGAAGGCUUUGUGUGGAAGACGGUUACAAGGACCAACAUCUCCUAUUUCCGACACAUCUCUCUAAUAAACAUUGCAGUGUCCUUGCUCUGUGCAGACGUGUUCUUCUUGUCGUCCGCCUUUCCAUUGGUGAUCACCAAGCAUUUGAUCUGCCUGUCGAUAACAUUCCUAAACCACUUUUUCUACCUGGCCCUUUUCUUCUGGACCUUCGCCCAAAGUGUAAUGCUUCUCCACCAGCUACUCUUUGUGUUCCACCAUCUACGAAAGACGGUUUUUGUCUCUCUCUCAUUCACUGCUGGCUAUUUUUUCCCAGCCGUUAUUGCCGCUGGCACACUCUUGUAUUAUUACCCAAAAGGCAAGUACCGCCAUGAAAAAUUGUGCUGGUUGAACCCAGAAAGUGGAGCUAUCUAUGCCUUUGCAGUUCCAGCUGGAUCCAUUAUUAUGUUUAACUUCCUUACGCUGUUGGUAGUGAUAGCCAAGUUGUCUCGACCAUCGGUUUCGGAAGCGACCCAACCAGAUGAAAGGGAAACUGCUAAGAGCAUCAUGAAGGCCGUCGUGGUAUUAACGCCCGUCUUUGGGUUGACCUGGGCUUUUGGGUUUGCCUUGUUAACGGAUCUUGACAAUAUGACAAGACAAGUUUUCACCUAUGGAUUUGCUGGGAUGAAUGCUUUUCAGGGCUUCUUCAUAUUUUUGACUUGCAUCACAGAAAAAAAGGUGCGGGAGGUGCUCUUCAACAAGAGAUCCUUGGCUAAAACCUCCACGGCCACAACAAUGUCAUCUUCUGAGGCUCCCAGUAAGACCAGAUAA